CAGAGACAGCCCGUGGGAAAGCGAAGAGAAGCUUAGGGAAGCCGGCGCUCCCGUUCCACCAAAACUCGCCCGACUGCAACGCCUAUCAUCCGCAGCCUGGGGGAGGUAAGAGCUCCUGCAUCUCCCAGAUGGGCUUGGACCACAGGUCCCAUCGCCUCCAGCGUCCAGAAAGAUGUUUGGGACUCGGCUCCAGUUAAGGACUGUCAGGAUUGGUGUCAUUUCAAAACACUGCGGGGCACCACCACGUUGGCUUCUUCUGGCCUACAACGCCUCCCUCUCAAAAUAGUGUCUCCAAACGUGCUGGACUACGGCUUCCAUCAUCCCCAAACCUCCCUGCUUGUGGAGAACAAGAGGUGAUCCUGGCUAGGCUCUUCCCCUCCAGGGAAAUCCGAUUUGAAGAAAAGUUCCCAGUUUAGAAACUCGUAUGUUUUUUUGUGAAAUGUGCCUUGUUUGGCCAAGGGAAGAGUUUUUCAUCUACCCAAGAUAGGUCAUUAAAUAAGAACGUUGCAAGAACGUGCAGAAUAGCCCCCACACAGCCCUUAAGAUCGGUUCACUUGCACUUUGGGCGUGCAAACAUCAGAUAGUUUAGGAUUGUGGGCGGAGACAUGGAAAGAGAAAAUCCAGGCAGGGAAGCUGUCCUCAUUACGGGUGGAAGUGGAUAUUUUGGGUUUCGGUUGGGCUCAGCCUUAGCCAAGAGCAAAGUGGAUGUGACCCUGUUUGAUGUUUCCAAGCCCACCCAAGAGAUGCCCAAAGGUGUGAAAUUUGUGCAGGGUGACAUCUGUGUGAUCCGUGAAGUGGAAGAGGCACUCCAGGGUAUGUCUUGUGUCUUCCAUAUUGCUUCCUAUGGAAUGUCUGGCCGGGACCAGCUCAACCCAAGGCGUAUAGAAGAGGUGAACGUCAAAGGAACCAACAACAUCAUUGAAUCUUGCAGGAAAGUUGGAAUCUCCAUACUUAUAUACACCAGCACGUACAAUGUAGUCUUUGGAGGUCAAGUCAUAGAAAACGGAGAUGAAUCUUGGCCUUAUCUACCCCUCCAUCUUCACCCUGACCAUUACUCAAGGACCAAAGCUUUGGCUGAAAUGAAAGUUCUGGAGGCCAAUGGGACAGUCCUAAGGGAUGGUCAGGGAAUUUUGAGGACCUGUGCCAUAAGACCUGCUGGCAUUUAUGGACCAGGAGAGCAGAGGCAUCUUCCAAGGAUUGUCAACUACAUUGAGCAGGGGUGGUUCCGCUGCAUGUACGGGGAUCCUAACAGCCUGGUGGACUUUGUGCAUGUAGACAACUUGGUGCAAGCUCAUAUUUUAGCAGCAGAGGCUCUGGGUGCCACCAAAAACCAUGUGGCUGCUGGCCAAGCCUAUUUCAUUUCUGAUGGGAGGCCAGUCAAUAAUUUUGAAUUCUUCCGUCCUUUGGUGGAAGGUUUAGGAUACACCUACCCUUCUCUCCGCCUCCCUCUGCCACUCGUUUACUUCUUUGCAUUUGUUAUAGAAUUGAUCCAUGUUGCAGUGAGGCGCCUGUAUAACUUUCAGCCCCUCCUCACUCGCACUGAAGUUUACAAAACUGGCGUGACCCAUUUUUUCAGCUUAGCCAAAGCUAGAAGGGAGCUGGACUACAAACCUCAGCCUUACAGCCUGGGCGAAGUGGUGAGGUGGUUCCGAGCCCAUGGUCACGGCCGGAAGUUUAGCAAGUCCUCUGAAAAACACUCCCUCAGAAAUGGCGCUCUGGUCUUCCUUGCGGCAGCAAUGGUCCUUUUGUGGUUGCUGACAUUUUCUUGGAGCUCCUUUUGAAGCUCCUCAAAUAAGAAAACACGGCAAGCGGUGCAGCGGCCUCGAGGUGGAGCUCUCGCCUCACACUCAGGAGGCUGUGAGUUCAAUCCUAGGCAGCGGCGGAGGUUUAGGAGUAAUUGUAAAAGCUCCAAACUCCG